AUGUUUCUGAGGUUGCUAAAGGUGGCGGUAAUUGUGGGUUCCAUAACCACAAUUACUCCUAAUAAUCCUUUGCGUACACUGCUUGCAUUCGCUGUUAUUGGAUAUAUCAUUACAAGUCUGUUGAUUCCGAAAGUGGGACCUAGUUUCAUAAAGAUUGGUCUCAAAGGAAAAGACUUGUCUAAACCUCCCCCAGUAACUGAAAUUCCAGAAACCAUGGGAUUGGUUGCAUCUAUCACGUACAUGUUUCUCAUGAUUGGACUUAUUCCGUUUAUAUUUUUCAAAUAUCUUGUGUCAUUCAGUUCCUUAUCCAAUGACGAAGUAAUGACAAAAAACUACAUUGAACAAUAUCAAUCAUUAACAAACAAUCGAUUAUUCCCUCACAACAAGUUAGCUGAAUAUUUGAGUGCAUUAUUGUGUUUACAAUGUACCAUACUUUUGGGUUUACUUGAUGAUUUGUUUGAUAUUAGGUGGAGACACAAGUUCUUUUUGCCAGCAGUGGCAUCCAUACCGUUGUUGAUUGUUUAUUAUGUCGAUUUCAGUGUCACAUCGGUUGUAAUUCCUAAGUUUGUGACCGAUUUCCCUGGUGGAUAUGUUCUUGUUAAUGCAAUUAAUUUCUUGAUAAAGUAUGGAAAUCAUAUUGUUACCACUAUCACCGGAUUAUCUUUUAGAACAUUGCAAACCGAUUAUGUUGUUCCUGAUGAAGCUCCAAAAUUGAUUGAUUUAGGUAUAUUUUACUAUGGAUAUAUGUCUGCAGUUUCCAUUUUUUCACCAAAUUCAAUUAAUAUUCUUGCUGGUAUCAAUGGUUUAGAAGUGGGCCAAUCCUUAGUAUUGGCAGCCAUUUUCUUGAUUAAUGAUUUCUGUUAUCUUUGCUCAUCAAAGGUAUCCCAAGCAGCAUACGAUUCCCAUAUGUUUUCUGUCGUUUUUCUCAUUCCUUUGGUUGGUGUGUCAUUAGGUUUGUUGCAAUACAACUGGUUCCCUGCUAGAGUUUUUGUAGGGGACACUUAUUGUUAUUUCAGUGGAAUGGUAUUUGCUAUUGUUGGUAUCUUAGGGCAUUUUUCAAAAACGCUUUUGAUUUUCUUGUUACCUCAAAUUAUCAAUUUCUUAUAUUCGGUACCACAGUUAUUCCACCUUGUUCCAUGUCCAAGACACAGAAUGCCAAAAUUUACCACAGAAGAUGGCCUUAUGCGUCCCAGUUUUGCAACAUUGGAGAAGAAGUCCUUUAUUGCGGUAAAUUUACUAAAGAUUCUUGAGAUGUUGAAACUCGUGAAACUUCAAAGAGAUUCAAAACUGAAGGAAAUAAUUGGAUUUUCAAAUAUGACUAUUAUCAACCUCACUUUGGUUUGGUUUGGCCCAUUACGUGAAGAUCAUUUAUGUAUGGUCAUUUUAGCCUUACAAUUUAUAAUUGGUGUAUCCAUGAUUGUUACUAGACACACAGUUGGUCCAUGGUUGUUUGGUUACGAUAACUUAUCAUGGGGAGUGAAAUAA